AAUAUCCUGUGAUGUCCACUUCACAGGGCACUUACGGUCGAAUGGAACAAACCCCUGAAGUGCUGGUUGAAAGAAUGGAAAAUAAGAGCAGACACCGAGGAGAGGAGAAGACGACAAGAAGAAAGGAGGAUGAAGAUAGAAAAUAGUCAUGAGUCAUGGGACUGUGGUGAUUUUGAAGGUGAUACUGUAUCCAUAGACCAUGAACAGGAGCUGUGUAACACAGUGCUCAUGAUUGGUCCAUCAGGAGUGGGCAAAACGGCUGCUGUGUAUGCUAGUGCACAAGAGCUGGGAUUCAAGGUGUUUGAGGUGAAUAGCUCAACCCUGCGCUGUGGUCGUCUCAUUCUCUCCCAGCUGACAGAAGCAACUCAGUCUCAUCAGGUGGACAUUCAGAAAAUUAAAACCCUCAAAUCUGAAAUCAUUAACCAAAGCAAAAUCAAACCUGAUCCACCUUGCCAUAUAAAUCAUCAUCGAAGGAAAACUUCAAGUUCUCCUAGCAUUUCCCGUCUAAGCACUAAACCACAGCCAGUAAAACUCACUCGCUUUUUCAAGUUGAGUAGCAAAAAGUCUGUAGGUAAAACCUCUGAUGGUCCUGAACAUUAUAUACAUGCUGGCAAACUGAAACCAGAUGGGCUUCAGAGAUCAGUGUCUGGUUUUAAGGACCGUAGACAAGGUGAUCAAGAAUCAACAUGCCCUUCUAAAGGUCCUACUUCACUUGGACAGAGCCGAACAGUCCCCAUGUCACUUAUACUAUUUGAGGAGGUUGAUGUCAUUUUCCCUGAAGAUGUUGGAUUUCUUGCAGCUAUUAAGACUUUCAUGAGCACAACCAAAAGACCAAUAAUUCUGACAACCAAUGACCCAUCAUUUAGUGGAAGACUUAAGGGGCAUUUAGAUGAAAUCCAUUUCCAAACUCCUUCACUGGAAACCAUCAGGAGCUAUCUGCAGUGUUUGUGUGUGGUGGAGAACAUGAGGACUAAUCCAGAGGACGUGGCCUUUUUGCUGUGUCAGAAUAAGGGGGAUAUCAGACAGAGUAUUCUCCAGCUUCAGCUCUGGGUCUGUAGUGGUGGAGGGAGCACAGAACUACAAAUUCUCAAGAACGUACUCCAAUGUGGAUCCUGGACUGAGCUGGAAAACAGCAGCAACAGUCAAUAAAUCUCAAGACAAAAGGAGAAAAGCCAAUCAAAGGCUUGAUGUUACAGACCUCCACAAAUGUACAUGAGGUUAGACCAGACAGGCUGUCUAC